AUGACUAAUGAUACCUGGCUUCAAGACGGUACUGGCAGCAAGAUUCAAGGGCUCCUGGCUCGAUCCCUCACUGCCUGCCUGCUUUUGCUCUUUGUCAUCAGUACGCUUCUGGGGAAUGCUUUGGUGUGUGCAGCUGUGGUGAAAUUCCGCCACCUCCGCUCCAAAGUCACGUAUAUCUUCGUAGUCUCGCUGGCUGUUUCCGAUCUUUUUGUGGCUACCCUGGUUAUGCCCUGGAGGGCAGUGGCAGAGGUGGCUGGGUUCUGGCCAUUUGGCAGCUUCUGUAGUGUUUGGGUGGCCUUUGAUAUCAUGUGCUCCACGGCUUCCAUCCUUAACCUGUGCAUCAUCAGCGUGGACCGCUAUUGGGCGAUCGCCAACCCUUUCCGUUAUGAGCGCAAAAUGACACGUCGGGCGGCAUUAGUCAUGAUUGGAGUGGCUUGGACUCUCUCUGUCCUCAUUUCCUUUAUCCCAGUGCAGCUGAGGUGGCACAAAGCUAAUGGUACCUCUCCUCCACCAAGCUCUGCUAAGCUUUCUGAGACUUGUGACUCCAGCCUGAACCGUACCUAUGCCAUCACCUCCUCCCUGAUCAGCUUCUACAUUCCUGUGAUCAUCAUGGUUGUCACUUACACCCGAAUCUACCGCAUAGCUCAAAGGCAGAUCCGCCGCAUUUCCAUUCAAGAGAGAGCGGCUGAGCAUGCUCAGAACUGCCAUGGAAAUCGAGGUCUACCCGAGGGUGGCCUGAAGAACUCUUUCAAGAAGGAAACCAAGGUCCUCAAGACUCUUUCCAUCAUCAUGGGUGUCUUUGUUUGCUGCUGGCUGCCAUUUUUCAUCCUCAACUGUAUGGUCCCUUUCUGUAACCCAAGCAUCCACCACCGAGGUCAGCUGCCCUGUGUGAGUGAGACCACUUUUGAUGUCUUUGUCUGGUUUGGUUGGGCCAACUCUACUCUCAACCCUGUAGUCUAUGCCUUCAAUGCUGAUUUCCGCCGGGCCUUUGCAUCACUACUGGGCUGUGGAAGACUGUGUCCUAGUAAUGCAGUCGAGACAGUGGAUUUUAGCAAUGAACUAGUGUCUUACCACCAUGAUACCACCAACCAUCAGGAGAUUCAGCCACUCAGCUAUCCCUAUCUCCUUCCCCAUGUUGUUAGGCCACCCAGCGAGAAUGAGCUGUCCUUUGAUGACAUGUCCCAGUUCUCUCAAACAACUCGCAGGGACAGGGAUCAGGCAGGAAGUCACCCUGUUAUGGUCCAUGCUGAUGGAGAUACUGAUGUGUCACUGGACAAGAUCACUCCCUUUACACCUGGAGAUCAGCCAUUUAACUUGGUUCUGUUUAAACAGAGUCUAUGA